AUGUCAUUGGUCAGAGUGAACCGUUACUGUCCCCGGGGAAGUGGAAGAAAAACACUGAAAGUGAAGAAGAAGAAAACUUCAGUGAAGCAAGAAUGGGAUAAUACUGUGAAUGAUCUAACAGUUCAUCGGGCAACUCCUGAAGAUCUGGUACGUCGUCAUGAAAUACAUAAAUCGAAGAAUAGAGCUUUAGUGCACUGGGAACUCCAAGAAAAAGCUUUGAAGAGAAAAUGGAGGAAGCAGAAACUAGAAUCUUCAAGUCUUGAGAAAAGAAGAUUGUCUAUCAUGAGAGAGAUUCUUUCUGAUCAAUACCAGAUGCAGGAUGUUUUGGAGAAAUCUGAUCAUUUGUUGGCUGCAGCAAAAAAUCUGUUUGAUGUUCCUCGUAAACGCACAGGGUUUCCAAAUGUAACAAUGGCUCCUGAUUCCUCUCAGAGUCCCAUAAUGGUAAAUCAAGAUCCUAUUGCCCAAUCUAUCCUUAAUGAGUCUGUCAUAGACCCUCAGCCUCUUAAUGAAAUAGAUGAUGAAGGAGAAGAAGGAAUUGUUAAUAGCCAGUCAGAAGAAAGUGAGAAUGAAUUGGAUAACUCUCUGAACUCUGAAUCUAAUACGAACACAGACAGGUUUCUCCACCAACUAACUGAAGAGAAUUCUGAGUUAAUUAGUAAACUGUGGACUAAUAUUCAGCAGAAAAUAGCAACACAGUCAAAAAUAACAACCCCUCCAAGAACUCCAUCUGCUGUUUCAUCAGGGGAACAAAGAGCUGCUCUGAAUACUACUGAUGCUGUCAAGAAACUCCAAACCAGGCUUCAGCCUGAAGAAUCUACUGAGACUCUAGACUCAAGCUAUGUUGUAGGACAGGUGCUCAACUCAAGGAAGCAAAAACAACUGCUAAAUAAAGUGAAAAGAAAACCAGAUUUGCAUGCUCCUUCCAAGCAGAAGAAAAACAUGUUAUCAGCUAGCACUACCUCUGCAGACUUAUCAAACAGCAAUAAUUCCAGCUUGGAUGUCCUCAAACAUAUGAUACAUGAAGUGGAACAUGAAAUGGAAGAAUAUGAGCGGUGGACAGGACGUGAGGUCAAGGGACUGCAGAGGGGUCAGGGUCUCACAGGCUUCACUUUGUCUCUGGUGAGCUCUCUCUGUCGCCUGAUUCGGUACCUGAGAGAGAGUGAGCUUCAACUACGUAAAGAAGUAGAGACAAGGAAGCAACUGGAACAUGUAUUAGGUGAUCAUCGAGAGCUCAUUGAUGCUCUAACAGCUGAAAUUCUUCUUCUGAGAGAAGAAAAUACUGCCACACAGGCGAGACUUCAGCAAUAUAUGGUCACAACAGAUGAGCAACUUAUAUCACUCACACAUGCCAUUAAAAAUUGUCCUGUAAUAAAUAACUCCAGACAAGAAAGUCAAGCAACAGAAAGGGAAGCCACAGGUAGAAUUAUAGACAAUCCAAAGGGUCCUGUUGUAAGUGCUAAUGUCUCUGUGCCAUUGAUGUUCAGAGGGAAAGAAGUGGUUGAUUUUCCACAGGAAGAGUUGCCUGUUAAACUGUCUCAGGUGCCAACCCCCCCUGAUAGCGUGAAUCUGACCACCAGUUUUCCAGCACGUAUUUUUGAGCCAGCUGUGUUGUUAACACCACCCAGGCAGAAAAGCAACUCAGAAUUCUCUCCUCUGCAGGAUGUAUUGAGGAGAACUGUUCAAACUCGUCCUGCUCCACGAAUUCCUCCAACUGUGGAAAUCAUUGAGAAGGAACAAAAUUGGGAAAAGACUUUACCUAUUGAUACAGACAUCCAGAAUUCAAGUGAAGAGAGUCGUCUUUUCACUCAGAGGUGGAGAGUCUCUCACAUGGGAGAAGAUUUAGAGAAUAAAAUUCAGACCCCUUUUGUUAACUUUUCACAGAACCUCUGCAAUUUCCAUCCCAACACUCAGCAAUCAAGAAAUCUUGCCUUCUCAGAAGAGCCCUCAGUACAAGGAAAUGGGCAACAGCUUAGAACAAAUGAGGCAUCAUUGGUACAAAGAAAGGACAUAAUGGCACGAAUUGCUGAGUUAACACUGCAGAAUUCAGCCAUCAAGACACAGCUAAAUAAUAUUACUUGUCCAGUGGGAGAGCAAGGGGAUGGACUACGGGAAUUGAAUAAACAGGAAAGUGCAGGCGAUGUGACUGCUACUUUUCCAGUAGCACAAUCUCUAGCACCCAGUAGCAUGGAGGAACGGAUUGCAGAAUUGAAUCGACAGAGUAUGGAGGCUCGGGGGAAACUACUACAGUUGAUAGAACAGCAGAAGCUUGUUGGUUUGAAUCUCUCCUCUCCAGCAGUAUCACCUGUUCAGUCGCCUCGCAGAGCAUGGACUGAAGGAGGGAAGAGGACCAUUGAGGUAUCUAUUCCAGGAGCAGAAGCCCCAGAAAAUACAAAAUGUGAUACUAUCUCUCCUCUCAGUGGGAUAAGUACAAGAAGAUCUUCAGGGGCAACUAGUAACUCUUGUUCUCCUUUAAAUGCCACCUCAGGAAGUGGGCGAUUCACACCUGUUCUUCCAAGAACAAAGAUUGAGAAACAAAAUGAAGAAGGCUGGUUUGCUCUUUCUACUCAUGUGUCAUAAGUGAGGUUGAAAUUGCAUUUUACGGAGUUUGUACUCAGUAAUUUAUUCUUGGCCUUCCACAGUCCUUUCCCUGCUCCUGCUUUCAAGUUUUUAUGUACUUCUUCAGAUUAAACCUACAGAGAUCCUGUGAAUUGAUACUAAUACAACAGAGAAAAUUUUAUUUUAAUUUUUUAGCUUUUCAAAUAGAUUUUCAACAGCCAGCCAAUGUAUAAUUCCCUGUGAAUAAAAUUUUGAUUGUAGGGAAAUUAAAGUUUUAUUUUCUAAUAACUUCUUAAGUACUUUAAGGUUUUUUGUUUUUUUAAGCAAUUCAUUUUUACCUGGUACUAUCAUCUUGAAUCCGAUUUUGUUGUUGUUUACUGAAGCUUAAAUGUUGAUAUAUUUCAUUUUUCUUUUUCUUGAAGAAAUUAGUUGCUUUGCAUGUAACAUACAAUAGGAUGCUUCUAUUAGAAUCUGGCAUUGAGAAAAUGUAACACUUUCUUUUGGUUUCUUUUUUGGUGGGAAUAUAUUGCUGUCUAUCACCUUUUACAAGUGGAAUAGACAGCUUUUUAAAAUAGGUAUGGGAAGGCUGAGGAUGUGGCUCAGUGGUAGAGUGCUUGCCUACCAUGUGGGAAAC